AUGGUGCGCUGCUUACACAAGUCAGACCUCAUCGCAUCCUUUGGCGAAGCAACCGCACAACCCUACUUCAUAUACAAGCUUCGCGAUCGCAUGCUCCUGAACUCAACUGGCCGACGAAUACUACGCGACCGACCACGAUUAACAUCCACUUCGCUUGAUAUUCCACGCCUCCGCAAACUACCGCCGAAUACACUGGGCUAUGCAUAUGCUGCAUGGCUUGACCGCGAAGGCGUCUCUCCAGACACGCGAGCGGCAGUACAAUACAUAGAUGACGAGGAGUGCGCAUAUGUCAUGCAACGGUAUCGCGAAUGCCAUGACUUCUACCACGCCUUGGUAGGACUUCCUGUCUUCCGUGAAGGCGAGGUUGCUCUAAAAGCAUUCGAAUUCGCAAACACUGGCCUACCCAUGACUGGCUUGGCUGUGUUCAGCGCUUUCACCCUGAAGAAGGCCGAAUGGAGACGUUUCUGGGACGUCUACGGACCAUGGGCUACAAGGAACGGCGCACAAAGUGCCGACGUGAUCAACAUCUACUGGGAGGAAGAGCUAGAGACAGACAUUGACCAAUUAAGAGCUAGGCUGGGUAUUGAGAAGCCACCGGAUCUACGGGCUAUGCGCAAGGCGGAACGUGAAGAGCGCAAGAAAGAGAAGGAGGCUAAAGAGAACAUGGCACGGGCUGCCGUAUGA